AUGCACGAACGCCAUAUGACCAAGCACAAUGGGAGCAAGAACAAUCAGAUCGGGAAUAGUACUCACCAUGCUGAUUUGAGACAACGAGCUCCCUUGAAUCUGAAGCGAGACGAGAGUUCUGGACCACUCUUGUCGUCUUCCGGGUUGCCUCCUGCUCCCAUCUCCUCGGGUCGUCCUACGGCUCGUACUAACUCUGUGACAAGCAGUAAAAUUUUGGAUGCUCUGGCCCAUCCAGCGCAAGCCGCCGCCGUGGCAGCCGCUGCUUCCAAUCAACCUGUCCGAGGACGCAAGCGCAAAACAUUUUCGCUGAUCCUCAUGACUGUCAUGUGUGGCGCUGUGGUGUACUACUCGGGCACUCUGUACGAUGUGGACUAUGUCGAUGAGUACUUUUCGCAAGAUGGAAGAAAAAGCCAAAGAAGUAGACGAAGAAGAGCCAAAUUGAGAAAUCGGCAGAGUGGUCGUUCGGAAAAUGAUUCUAAAGCAGCCGAACAGCAACGGGAAGAACAACAAGAAAAUGAAGACGAAGAUUCUUCUGUAUCUUCUUCCUUGACUCGUUUCAUCAUCAUUCCAGAACAGGAACAGCAGGAUCAACAACAACAAGCAACAGAAAUAACAAAAGAAGAAAAAACCAUGACAGCAGCACAAUCGCAACUGCUGCGAGACCGAAUCGUCAGCACCAUCAAGGCUGCUUUCGUUGCCGAUGCUGCAUCGAUGGGGACGCAUUGGAUCUACAAAACAGAUGUACUCAAUAAACUCUUAGUCUCCAAAGACAAACCAGAAUUUCACAAUCCACCCGCGCCCAAUUUCUACUCCGAGCGAGAAUUCCCAGGACAUUACAGUCAAGGACAGGCCAGUCCUUAUGGGGAACAAUUGUUGUUUGUCACGCAAUUCGCCGCACACUUGGUCACGGAUGACGACAUGCAACAACACGAACAAUUGCCACCCAUGGAUUUCAACCAUGUUGUUUCUGAAGUGGACGAUGAUGAUGGAACGUCCCAAUCCACGGACCCAGAAUCCAUUCUAGGCCCCAUGUCGGAGGCCAUGCAAGAAUGGCUGCAAUCCUUUGGGGGACGAGCCGAUCAUGCAUCUCUGCAAUUCUUGUCCUGUCGACAAGAACGAUUGCAAAAUGAAGAAGCACAGCAACAACAUGCUGACGAAAACGAUGAUGUGUCCUCUUGUGGAGCCAAUGAUGAUCAGGCACACUUUUUUCUCAAAAUCGUUCCCCUGACGUGCUUGUAUGUCGGACAUCCACGACGACGACAUUAUGUGGAACAGGCCAUUCGAGUGCAUCAGAACAACGAAAAGGCCGUCAUGUUUGGAUUGACACUCAGUGAUCUGUUGGAACGAGUGCUCUUGAUGGAUGACAAAAACAGCAACAAUAGCAGUGGCUCUUCGGAUCAUUCGUCCUUGGCGUCCUUGUUUACCAAUGAAAAGUACCAAUCGGCAACAUCUUUGCGAGAAGCACUCGACAUUACCUUGACAAACGCACAAGAAGAGCAUUCGGAUAGUUGGUUUCAUCACUUGGCGGACUCAUUCACUCAGGAGCAUCAACAACAGCAAGCGCUAUUGGAAGCAUGGAUCAAUGCCAAACAACUAGCACAACAGCAAAAAUCAUCCGAACAAGUGGCUGGUUUGUUUGGUCGAUCAUGUCACAUGCCAGGGGCAUUGGUCGUGUCAUUGCAUGGACUUUAUCGUGCUGCCGCCAAUGCCGAAGCCGAAGACAACAAAAAGACGCCAGUGCCAGUAACAACACCACAGCAGCCAACAACGUCGAACGAGCAAAGCAACGGAUCGUUGCGAGGAUACGGCUACUACUUCAAGGCGCUCUGGGGGUCUCUCCAAGCGACCACGGACGCCACGACAAAGGCGGCCACGUCAACGAGUGGACACCACGAUACUCAGGUUGUCGAAAACACCCAAUUCACGAGUGUCAUUCGAGAAAACAUCUUGGCGGCCGGGGAUACGUGUAGUCGCGCCAUUUUGAUGGGGGCCAUUCUGGGGGCAGCCUAUGGGCCACCGCCGGUGGAAUGGUGGCAGCAGCUUUAUCCCGUCUUGUCGGGGCAAGUCGAAGAGGCGGCGUACACUAUUGCCGACUUUGCUGUUCGCGAUAGACGGUAG